GAGCUUUUGUGACUGGCUUCUUUCAGACUAUGAGAAGACAACGAAAUGACGUUGUAGUUGAAUUAAGGAAGAAUAAAAGAGAUGAACAUCUCUUAAAGAGAAGGAAUGUACCACAUGAAGAUAUCUGUGAAGACUCUGAUAUAGAUGGUGAUUAUAGAGUGCAAAAUACCUCUCUAGAAGCUAUUGUUCAAAAUGCUUCAAGUGAUAACCAAGGAAUUCAAUUAAGUGCAGUUCAGGCUGCUAGAAAGCUUUUGUCCAGUGAUCGAAAUCCACCAAUUGGUGACUUAACAAAAUCUGGAAUAUUACCUAUUUUAGUCCAUUGUCUUGAAAGAGAUGACAAUCCUUCUUUACAGUUUGAAGCUGCAUGGGCUUUGGCGAACAUUGCAUCUGGAACCUCUGAACAAACUCAAGCAGUAGUUCAGUCCAAUGCUGUGCCACUUUUCCUGAGGCUUCUUCAUUCCCAUCAGAAUGUCUGUGAGCAAGCGGUAUGGGCUUUGGGAAAUAUCAUAGGUGAUGGGCCCCAGUGUAGAGAUUAUGUCAUAAGUCUUGGAGUUGUGAAACCUUUACUUUCAUUCAUAAGUCCAUCUAUUCCUAUAACAUUCUUAAGAAAUGUUAGUUGGGUUAUGGUCAACUUAUGUCGCCACAAAGACCCACCACCACCAAUGGAAACCAUUCAAGAGAUUCUUCCAGCCCUUUGUGUUUUAAUUCAUCAUACAGACGUAAAUAUUUUGGUAGAUACAGUGUGGGCCCUCUCUUACCUUACUGAUGCUGGCAAUGAACAGAUACAGAUGGUAAUAGACUCUGCAAUAGUUCCUCAUUUGGUUCCUCUGCUCAGCCAUCAGGAAGUUAAAGUUCAGACGGCUGCACUUAGAGCUGUGGGCAACAUUGUUACUGGAACUGAUGAGCAAACGCAAGUAGUUUUGAACUGUGAUGCUCUUUCACACUUCCCGGCACUCCUGACACAUCCCAAAGAGAAAAUUAAUAAAGAAGCAGUGUGGUUUCUCUCUAACAUCACGGCAGGAAAUCAGCAGCAGGUUCAGGCAGUAAUUGAUGCCAAUCUUGUACCAAUGAUAAUACACCUUUUGGAUAAGGGGGAUUUGGGCACUCAGAAAGAAGCUGCUUGGGCCAUAAGGAAUUUAACAGUUAGUGGAAGGAAAGAUCAAGUGGCCUACCUUAUCCAACAAAAUGUUAUCCCACCUUUUUGCAACUUGUUGACUGUAAAAGAUACACAAGUUGUGCAAGUAGUACUCGAUGGACUAAGUAAUACAUUAAAAAUGGCUGAAGAUGAAGCAGAAACCAUAGCCAAUCUUAUAGAAGAAUGUGGAGGACUGGAGAAAAUUGAACAACUUCAAAAUCAUGAAAAUGAAGACAUCUACAAAUUGGCCUAUGAGAUCAUUGACCAGUUCUUCUCUUCAGAUGAUAUUGAUGAAGAUCCUAGCUUUGUUCCAGAGGCGAUCCAAGGUGGAACAUUUGGUUUCAAUUCAUCUGCCAAUGUACCAACAGAAGGGUUCCAGUUUUAGAAAGAUGUUGUGGAAGUUAGGUACAAUGCAGCACUGAUAUAUAUAUAUAUA